AUGAAAAGUAUUCGAAUCUGUGCAUUUUGCUGUGAAUGCUUUCGAAGAAAGAAUCAAAUUAUCUAUGAGGAUUCAUUGGUUCUUGCUAUCGUAGACCAUAUGCCAAAAGCAAAGAAACAUGUACUAGUGAUACCACAUGAGCAUCUUUCAUCAGUAGAUAGUCUUACCUCGGCACACACAGACCUACUCGAGCACAUGCUCAUAACAGGUAAAGACAUUCUGGCAAAAGAUGGCUAUAUUGAUAAAGAAAACCGUGAAUUUGGUUUCCAUCGCUCUCUCUUUGCCUCUAUUCCGCACCUACACAUGCACUGCUUUGGUCUUCCAUUUGUUCCAAUGUGGAAUCGCUUGCGGUAUACUGAAACCAUUAUGCCAUCGUACGUCCGCGCUGAGAAUGCUCUCGCUGCGCUUCGCACGAAGUGA